ACAUCGGCUAGCAGGCGCGCACGCAACUUUCAAAUUUCAAUAAUAACAAAGUUCAAUUGAUCACUAUUCAAUUCACCACUAGGUUCUCAUUGUAUUGAAAAAAAUAAAAAUCGUAAAAUUUCUCGGAAAUAAUUUUUGUUACUCGUGUAUCGAUUGAUAAAGGAAGAAAUGGCUCUUAAAGGUGUCACUGGACGCUGGAGUUCUAUUAGGAGAUACAGCUCUCUUCCGGAAAUUCCAGGUUGUAACUUUACAGUCUCGAAUUAUAAAGGUUCACAUUAUGAUAGUGUCAAGUCUGGCAGGAUGAACUCAGUGACCCCUACCACUCCUCCUUUUUAUAAAAAACCACUCUUGAUUCAUGAAGGUCAUAAGCAAUGGCUCUGGGAUCAUACAGGGAGGCGAUAUCUGGAUAUGUUUGGAGGCGUUGUCACUGUUUCUGUUGGCCAUUCUCAUCCGAAAGUAACGGAGGCAGCAACCAGCCAAUUGAGCAAAUUAAACCACACGACGUCUAUUUAUAUGCACCCGAAAUACCAGGAGUACGCUGAUAAAUUGAUAGGAAAAUUGCCAGGGAACUUGAAAGUAUUGUACAUGACUAACAGUGGUUCUGAAUCUAAUGAGCUUGCGUUUCUCAUGGCUAAAGUAUACACUGGGGCGCAAGACAUUAUUUCGCUGAACAAUUCGUACCACGGUAGUACGUACAUGACUAACGCCGCAACAGGAAUGUCAACCUGGAGAUAUCCUAUCGCCUCAGCCCCCGGUCACCCCCAGGUCACAGUUCCAGAUGUGUACAGGGGCUCCUGGGGUGGCUCUCAGUGUCGGGAUUGUCCAGUAUCUCAACGAGGCCAGACAUGUGAGUGCAUUGGAGAUAAGUGCAUUGCUGCGGAGAAAUAUCUCAAGGAUCUCAAAGACACUAUUCAAUUUUCUUUGCCGAAUAAUGGGAAAUUUGCGGCUUUUAUCGCGGAGAGUAUUCAGGGAAUUGGUGGUGUAGUUCAAUUCCCUCGCACAUAUCUACGUGGUGCAUAUGAUAUAAUAAAAUCAAAAAAUGCACUGUACAUAGCGGAUGAAGUGCAAGUAGGCUUCGGUAGAACAGGCGAUCACUUCUGGGGAUUUGAGUGUGACGAUAUCAUUCCCGAUAUUGUGACGAUGGCGAAGGGUAUUGGUAAUGGCUUUCCUAUGGGGGCAGUUGUCACAACACCAGAAAUUGCAGCGUCCUUGAGUCAAGCACUUCAUUUCAAUACAUUCGGGGGAAACCCAUUGGCCUGCGCUAUUGGUUCAGCGGUUCUUGACGUAAUUGAAGAGGAAAAACUUCAAGAAAAUUCUAAAGUCGUUGGAACGUAUUUAUUGCACCGUCUAAGCACUCUUUUAUUGGAAUAUCCAACGAUGGUUGGAGAUGUCCGAGGAAAGGGUCUGAUGAUCGGCGUAGAAUUGGUGUCAAACCCUGACAAGAAGACUCCCCUGGAGGAUGAGUACAUGGCCUCAUUGUUCGAGGACACUAAGGACAUGGGAUUGCUCAUUGGAAGAGGUGGAAUUCAUAAAAACGUUCUGCGGAUAAAGCCACCCAUGUGCGUAACCAAAGAAGACGCCGAUUUCACUGUCGAAGUGAUUAAAAAAGCUCUGGACAACUGCAGGGACAGAAACUUAAUUAGCAGGGAUAAUGUGUACAUAGGAGCUCUUUGAAAUUCAAUUCCAAAUCGACUUUGUACUUUUUUACUUUUAUAGUAAUAUAUUUGUUUUUUACAUUUGUACAAAUCACGGGCAUACUAUCAACAAUUCAGAAUUUUUUUUAUGGAUUUUGAA